UUGAAGGUCAAUGCCAAAACUCUGUAUGGACGAAUAUGUCCAAUUAAACAUAUAGUUUCUAUGUGAGUUAUAUAUUAUUAUUUAUAAUAAAUUGUCAGAUCUACUAUUUAAAGCCUAGCCAGGUGCACGGUUUGAUUAGAUAGCGGAAUUAUUUGAUAACUUGACAUCUAAUUCGUUUGAACUAUAGUUACAUUCUCGAGUAACCUUCGUUGGUACAGCAAUGUCACCGUCGCCAGUGAAGCAACGUCUGAUCCGCUGGCUAGAAGAGCACCGUGAACUGGUGGUGUGCGUAUUCUGCUUGCCAGCCAGCUUCGUGUUCUCGGUGCUGCUGAGGGCGCGCGCCUGGCUGCGGAGCCUCAGCAGCGACCCGCACAGACAUGACAGUGCCGUUAGAGGAAUACAGGCUAAGGUCCAGCAAUGGAACAAGUUACCAGAAAAAGACAGGCGUCUGCUCUGCAUCUCCCGACCCAACUGGCUCUCACUCUCCACCACCUUCUUCCCCAAACACCUUCACCACCAGGUGGCUAUACCACUGUACGACAUACUCGAGCUGGACAAGCAAGCUAUGACUGUGAGGGUGGAGCCGAUGGUCACCAUUGGGGAUAUCACAGAGUAUUUAAUACCCAGGGGAUACUCUUUGGCUGUGACCAUUGAGCUUACUGAUGCUACUUUAGGAGGUCUAGCGUUCGGCACGGGCAUGUCGACCCAUUCGCACAAGGCUGGCCUCUAUCAUGAAACAAUCACCAGCUAUGAAGUGGUUCUCAGCGAUGGAUCCUUGAUCAAAGCUACUGCCGACAACGAGCACUCCGACCUCUACAAAACCUUACCCUGGAGCCACGGUAGCUUAGGGUUCCUAGUUGCACUGACCCUAAAAAUCGUCAAAGUAAAACCCUAUAUCAAAAUAAGGUACAUUCCAGUGAAAGGUCAGAAGAAAUACUGCGACAUGAUCAGGGAGCUUUCCGGAGCUAAUGAAGCCAGUCCGAAGAUAUUCCCUGAUUACAUAGAAGGCACUAUAUUCAGCAAAGAAGAAGCUGUGAUCAUGGUUGGUGACUAUUCUGAUUACGAUCCAAAAAUAACCAUGAACCACUGCUCCCAGUGGCAUAAGCCCUGGUUUUAUAAGCAUGUGGAAAGCUUUUUGCAGAAAGGAGAGUCUGUGGAGUUAAUACCAUUAAGAGACUAUUUAUUGAGACAUAACAGAGCUAUAUUCUGGGUUGUGGAAGACAUGUUAUCAUUCGGAAACAAUCCGUUGUUCAGGCUUCUCUUCGGUUGGCUACUGCCCCCAAAACCGGCCUUCCUCAAAUUUACAACAACGCCUGGCAUAAGGGCGUACACUUUCGUACGGCAAGUAUUUCAGGAUAUCGUCCUACCGAUUAAGGAAUUGGAGAGACAGAUAGAAACCGCCAGUGUACUAUUCGACAAGUUUCCACUGCUAGUUUAUCCGUGCAAAAUAGUUGAUCGAGGACCAUCAUCUGGUCAACUUAAGCAUCCAGAUAAGAAAUAUCUAGUUCCUGGCACUGACUACGCAAUGUAUAAUGAUUUGGGAGUUUACGGUGUCCCUGGUAAGGUCAAAGAGAAGAAGCCAUAUAACCCUGUAGAUGCUAUGAGAAAGAUGGAGAAGUUCACGCGAGAUGUUGGAGGGUAUUCCUUUUUGUACGUCGAUUUAUUUAUGACGAAGGAAGAAUUCGAAGAAAUGUUCGAUCUGUCGUUAUAUGAGAAGGUGAGGAAGAAGUACAAAGCGGAGGGCGCAUUCCCACAUUUGUACGACAAAGUGAAGCCCGAGAUCGAUGUGUUUGCCAUUGGUGAAGAGCAUGCCAUAAAGGAUUCAUAAUAAUAUCCACUUGUUAUAUGUAUUUUAGUACAUAUGAAAUUAACAAUAUUGUUGUCUACUUAUGAG